CACUUCCGGUGGGCCUCCGGGGCGGCGGCGUCUGUGGUGGAGGCAGAGCGGUCGGCCGGCUCUCCCGUAACGCUCCCUGCGAGCAGCGGCGCCUGCGAGGCCGAGUGGCCGUCAUGUUCUCUUUCAACAUGUUUGACCACCCGAUCCCGCGGGUCUUCCAGAACCGCUUCUCCACACAGUACCGCUGCUUCUCGGUGUCCAUGCUCGCGGGGCCGAAUGACAGGUCAGAUGUGGAGAAAGGAGGGAAGAUAAUCAUGCCACCUUCAGCCCUCGAUCAACUCAGCCGACUCAACAUCACCUACCCCAUGCUGUUCAAGCUGACCAACAAGAACUCCGACCGCAUGACGCACUGCGGGGUGCUGGAGUUCGUGGCUGACGAGGGCAUCUGCUACCUCCCACACUGGAUGAUGCAGAACCUGCUGUUGGAGGAGGGGGGCCUGGUCCAGGUGGAGAGCGUCAACCUGCAGGUGGCCACGUACUCCAAGUUCCAGCCCCAGAGCCCGGACUUCCUGGACAUCACCAACCCCAAAGCCGUGUUGGAAAACGCGUUGAGAAACUUCGCCUGUCUGACCACAGGGGACGUCAUCGCCAUCAACUACAACGAGAAGAUCUACGAGCUGCGAGUGAUGGAGACCAAACCCGACAAGGCCGUGUCCAUCAUCGAGUGUGACAUGAACGUGGAUUUUGAUGCCCCACUGGGCUACAAGGAACCCGAGAGGCAAGCCCAGCGCGAGGAGGCCACGGAAAGUGAAGCCGACCACAGCGGCUACAGCGGAGAGCUGGGCUUCCGUGCCUUCUCCGGCUCUGGGAACAGGCUGGAUGGAAAGAAGAAGGGCGUGGAGCCCAGCCCCUCCCCAGUCAAGCCCGGAGACAUCAAGAGAGGGAUUCCCAACUACGAGUUUAAGCUUGGCAAGAUCACUUUCAUCAGGAACUCACGUCCUCUGGUCAAAAAGGUUGAAGAGGAUGAAGCUGGAGGCAGAUUCGUCGCUUUCUCUGGAGAAGGACAGUCGUUGCGUAAAAAGGGAAGAAAGCCUUAAGUCGGGGCUGUUGGCUGCUUGGAAAAUAAAAUAAUCGAUUGCAACA